CCAAACACAUAACCGAUCCUCGUAAAAAAAAAAAAAAAAGAAGAAGGAAAAAGAAAAAAAAUAUAAGUAAUCCGCAACGAGAAGGAAUUUCUAGUCCUCCUUCCCUCUCUCUUUCAAGUUCCACUUCGGCGACGAGAUUUAAAUACUGAAGAACUCUGCAGUAAACUGCGAAGGAGGAAGAAAGCCCCCUGAGACGCAGAAACAAGAAACCCUAAACCCUAUAUUCAAAUCAAGAAGCUCGCAAAUUUCAUGUUCCGCUAACUCAAUCGAACCAAAGAUCCACGAGAUCUCCACGAAUGGGUCGUCCGGAGCCCUGCGUUCUGUUUGCUCAGACAUUCGUCCACCCUCAGCUCGACGAGUACGUCGAUGAGGUAUUGUUUGCUGAGUCAGUUGUUGUUACUGCGUGUGAGUUCCUGGAACAGAACGCGCCUUCUGCGUCUCAAGCAGUGUCCCUUGUUGGGGCUACUUCACCUCCUUCAUUUGCUUUGGAGGUAUUUGUUCAAUGUGAGGGAGAGACAAGAUUCAGGCGCCUCUGUCAGCCCUUUUUGUAUUCUCACUCAUCAUCAAAUGUCCUUGAAGUAGAGGCAGUUGUGACAAACCAUCUCGUUGUAAGAGGUAGCUACCGUAGCCUAAGCCUGGUCAUUUAUGGAAACACGGCAGAGGAUUUAGGGCAAUUCAACAUCGAAUUUGAUGAUAACUCUUUAACAAAUCUUGUCAGUUCUGUUGAUGGGAAGCUUGAGGAUCUACCUCUGGCAUUACGUACAAUUAAUCGGACAAUUGAGGAAUCUUUGUAUUCUCUUAAUGUAUUAUCUCUCCCUGUAACUGCAUCAGAUAUAUCUGUUGAGAUUAAGCAGUUUCUACAAUUGAUUUUAAAAAUAUUGGAGUUGCCAAACCUUGGAUCUGCACUCCAUAAAGUUGUAAGUGCAGUAGUGUCAGCAGCAUCUUCUUAUAUUAGCUGUGACUUAGAUUCUAAUGCCAUCAAUCAGAAACCUCUAACAUCAGGAAGAGCCAAAGAUUGUGAACAGGUUUAUCUUGUUAUUACUGAAGCUAGAAAAGAACUCAUUGAGCUCUAUGAAUCCCUUCAAAAUCAACUUGUGAAUGGAUCACCUGAACCAGAGUACACCAUCAUGGAGUCUGAUGCUGAUUUGGUUUCUUCCAAGCAGUUAGUGGAGACCUUAUACCCAUACUUCCAUUUUGACAGUAGCUCUACUAGUUUUGGACAGAAUCAACUCUCAGAGAGUAUCUUGCUAGGGUUGAGCAUGGCACUCUUCUUGUGCUCUGGUAAGGAGAGCUGCUUUCACUUUGUCAGCUGCGGGGGAAUGGAUCAACUUGCACACCUUUUUAGUUAUGACAGGCAGAAGUCCACCACCAUUACAUUAUUGCUACUUGGAGUUAUUGAGCAGGCUACUCGACAUUCUAUUGGAUGUGAGGGAUAUCUAGGUUGGUGGCCUCGUGAAGAUGAAACUAUCCCUUCUGGUACUAGUGAUCGUUAUGGUCACCUGUUGAAGUUGUUACUGCAAAAACCUCGACAUGAUGUUGCUUCUCUAUCAACUUAUAUCCUUCGUCGACUUAGAUUUUAUGAAGUUGCUUCAAGAUAUGAGUGGGCAGUUCUAUGCAUAUUGGGUGGGCUCUCUGCUAGUGGUGGAGAUAACAGCAUUACCUCAAGAAUGUUCAUUGAUCUCAAAUCACAACUCAAAAGGCUCUUGCAUCUGAUAAAUUCACGUGGUCCAAUUGAAGAUCCUUCUCCAGACGCAUGUGCUAGCAGAUCUUUGCUACUUGGUCAAACAGAGGGAUUGUUGUCCUUUAAAGCAACUAGUAGCUUGAUUGCUACCUCAAAUUGUUGCUUUUCAACUUGGGAGAUCGACUUCCAUCUGCUGGCUCUUCUCAAGGAGAGAGGUUUUCUUCCAUUGUCAGCUGCAAUGUUGUCAACAUCCAUUUUGCAUUUGGAAAUUGAAGAUGCCGCAAAUUUAUCUAUGGAUAUUGCAUCAUCCAUUGGAGCCAUUAUCCUAUCACUUCUUUUCUGUCGCUCAGGCAUGGUUUUCUUACUGCAUCACCCUGAACUCACUGCUACUGUAAUCCAUGCCUUGAAAGGUUCUGACAAUGUAAACAGGGAGGAGUGUGUUCCUCUGCGCUACGCAUGUGUUUUGAUGUCAAAGGGUUUUACUUGUGGUUCGUGGGAAGUUGGAAUGAUUGUGGAGACACAUCUGAGGGUGGUUAGUGCUGUAGAUCGUUUGCUUGCAUCAACUCCUCAGUCAGAAGAAUUUUUAUGGGUAUUAUGGGAGCUGUGUGGUCUUUCUAGGUCUGAUUGUGGGCGGCAGGCUUUGUUAGCCUUGACAUUUUUUCCAGAGGCUCUUUCAGUUUUGAUUGAAGUGUUACAUUCUGUUAAAGACUCAGAGCCAGCCAUCAAAAAUAAUGGGGCUACACCACUUAAUCUUGCAAUUUUGCACUCAGCUGCUGAAAUACUAGAAGUCAUUGUCACUGAUUCAACUGCAUCGUCUCUAUCUUCAUGGAUUGGACAUUCAAUGGAACUUCAUAAGGCUUUAUAUUCUUCUUCUCCUGGGUCCAAUAGGAAAGAUGCUCCUAUACGCCUGUUGGAAUGGAUUGAUGCUGGUUUGGUUUAUCAUAAAAAUGGGGCUAUUGGUCUUCUACGGUAUGCUGCGCUGUUAGCUUCUGGAGGAGAUGCUCACUCAACCUCAACAACCAUUUUAGGUUCUGAUUUGACAGAUGCUGAGAAUGCUGGUGGGGAAUCUUCUAAUCCUUCAGAUGAUAAUGUCAUGGAGAAUCUUGGAAGGAUCAUCUCUGAAAAGUCUUUUGAUGGUGUUACUCUCCGUGACUCUUCUAUUGUGCAGCUGACAACUGCAUUUCGAAUUUUGGCAUUUAUUUCGGAGAACUCGACUGUUGCUGCUGCUUUGUAUGAUGAAGGUGCCAUAGCAGUCAUUUAUAUAGUUCUAAUAAACUGCAGCUUCAUGCUUGAGAGGUCCUCAAGCAGCUAUGAUUAUCUUGUUGAUGAGGGAACAGAAUGCAAUUCCACAUCUGAUCUAUUACUAGAACGUAAUCGUGAACAGAGCUUAGUUGAUCUUUUGGUUCCUUCCCUCAUAUUGUUGAUCACUCUUUUGCAGAAAUUACAGGAAGCUAAGGAGCAGCACAGAAAUACAAAAUUGAUGAAUGCACUCUUAUGGUUGCACCGAGAAGUAAGCCCAAAGCUAGCCGCUUGUGCAGCAGACUUAUCUUCUCCUUACCCUGAUUCUGCUCUUGGAUUUGGAGCUGUAUGCCAUCUUAUUGUCUCAGCACUUGCCUUUUGGUCUGUCUAUGGCUGGACUCCUGGACUUUUCCACUCCCUUCUUGCCAGUGUUCAAGCCACUUCAUCAUUGGCAUUGGGUCCAAAGGAGACUUGCAGUUUACUCUGUAUUUUGAAUGAUCUGUUUCCAAACGAAAGUGUCUGGCUUUGGAAGAAUGGGAUGCCAUUGUUGAGUGGCCUGAGGACAUUGGCUAUUGGGACAUUGUUAGGGCCUCAGAAAGAGAAACAAGUUGAUUGGUAUCUGGAGUGUGGUCAUCUUGAGAAGUUGCUUAACCAGUUAACCCCACAACUUGACCAAAUUGCCCAGAUUAUACAACAUUAUGCUAUUUCUGCAUUAGUAGUUAUACAAGACAUGCUUCGAGUUUUCAUAGUUCGCAUAGCUUGCCAAAAAACUGAACAUGCUUGUAAACUUCUGCGCCCUAUAUUGUCAGGGAUACGUGAUUGUGUUUCUGACACAGCUUCUCUAACUGACAUGGAUACUUACAAGGUCUAUAGAUUUCUUGAUUUUCUUGCCAGAUUAUUGGAGCAUCCGAAGGCCAAGGCACUUUUGCUUGGGGAGGGUGUUUCUCAGAUGCUAAUUGAAGUGUUAGAGAGGAGUUUUGAUGCUACUGAUUCAGAUGGGAGGCAGAUUCCUGAUAGUAGAUAUUCUGCUAAAUUUGGGUUUUCUUUUACUAGUUGGUGCCUCCCUGUUUUCCAAUCCAUCUCACUUCUAUGUAAUUCUAGAGCAUUUCUGCAAUAUCCUGGAGGACAUAAAUUUGACAGUUUGAGCACUAAAGAUUGUUCCUUGUUUUUACAUUAUCUCCUGAAGUUUUGUCAGGUUCUACCAGUUGGAAAAGAGUUACUUUCUUGCCUUACAGCUUUUAAAAAUUUAGGAUCUUGUGAUGAAGGCCAUAGUGCAUUUUUGGCUUUGCUUGUUGAUAACUGUUCUAGUCUUCAGGAACCUGAACCUGAGGGAGGAAAUGAAAAAGAUGGAAAAUUUGCUUUUCUAAAUGGUUCUGAAUGGGGAGAGUGCCCUCCUCUGUUAUCUUGUUUGAGAAAGUUGUUCAGAUCAGUAGAAUCACAAGAUGUUUCGUCAGCCUAUGCACUUGAGGCUGUUACUGUAUUGUCUUCAGGUUCUUUGUCCUUUUGCAUGAAUGGGAAAAGUUUGAACUUGAAUGCGGUUGUUGCACUGAAAUUCCUUUUUGGGCUUCCUGAUGAUAUGGCUGGAAUAGAUUGCUUCCCAGAAGGGAACAUAAGUUACGUUCAGGAAGUCUUUACCUUCUUGAGUUCCAGGAUCAGUAAUGAUGAGAGUCAAGCUACCUCUAACUUGCAUUCUAGUUUCUAUCAGGUUUCAGAGUGUGUGAAGAAAUUAUUGUUAGUGCUCCAAAAGCCUAUUGAUGCAGCUAAUGUGAAUGAUAUACUUCCCAGUGAAAGGCACUUUCUGCCCCCAAUUGAUGUUGAAACUCCCUCAGCAUCGUUUCCGUUUGCACAAGGCAAUGGUGAAAGGGCUGAUGAUCAAUUCUACCCAUUAGGAUUCGGGGACAAAUUCUAUUGGGAACUGCCAGAAACCUUACCUGAGAGAUCAUCACAGACAACUCUUCCUGUGAGGAGGAGAAUGCCACCUGCAGAUGGCUCAAGUAAGCGUGCCAGAGGGGAAAAUCCUGGGGCUGAGAUCCCAACACAAAAUGCAUUUUCACGGGGACUGGGUACAUCGACAGCUGUGACUGGUGCCACCCGGAGGGAUACCUUCCGACAAAGAAAACCCAAUACCAGUAGGCCCCCAUCUAUGCAUGUGGAUGACUAUGUUGCAAGAGAAAGGAAUGUUGAUGGUACUGCUAACUCUAAUGUGAUAGCAGUCCAGCGAGUGGGACCUAGUGGGGGCAGACCUCCCUCUAUACAUGUUGAUGAAUUUAUGGCUAGGCAGAGGGAGCGCCAGAAUCCUGGGUCAACAACAGGUGUUGAGGCAGCAACACAGCCUAAGAAUGUAGCUUCUGGAGACGAAGCAGAUCCUGAAAAAGGGAACAAAUCUAAGCAGCUAAAAACUGAUCUUGAUGAUGAUCUUCAGGGAAUUGAUAUAGUCUUUGAUGGUGAAGAGUCUGAAACUGAUGAUAAAUUGCCUUUCCCCCAGCCAGAUGAUAACCUACAGCAACCUGCCCCUGUCAUGGUUGAGCAAAGUUCUCCACACUCAGUUGUUGAAGAGACAGAGAGUGAUGUCAAUGGAAGUGGUCAAUUUUCUCACAUGGGCACACCAUUAACUAAUCUUGAUGAGAAUCCCCAAAGUGAGUUUUCUUCAAGGAUGUCUGUUUCACGCCCAGACAUUCCACUGAAUCGAGAACCUAGUAUUUCUUCGGAUAAGAAAUUUUUUGAGCAAUCUGAUGAGACAAAGAAUGUUAUUCCAGUUAAGAAUUCUAGUGGGUUUGGUUCUGUUGCAGCAGCAAAUAGUUCUGGGUUUGCAGUUCCUUAUAGUAAUGCGCCAGCAACGUCACUACAAAUGCCAUCAGAUUCAAGGAUGAUACCACAAAAUUUCUAUCCUAAAAGCAGUCCUCAAUAUGCCAGCAAUAUUCCUGUAGUGACUGGAUCUCGAGGAAUGUAUCAACCACCUUUACCUCCAAUGCCUCCUCCAUCAGCAAUCACUCCGGUGCAGUCUGAUUACAUGUCUGCAGUUAGUAAUAGUCCAUUGUUAUCAUCUUCCCAUCCCAUUCCAGAUUCUAAGUUUACCAGAACCUCUAUGUCGUCACCUAGUGGAUCUGCUAGGCCUCCACCACCGCUUCCUUCCACACCACCUCCAUUUUCUUCUACCCCGUAUAACUUGUCAUCCUUGAAUGCUUCUACUUCUCAAUUGUUGGCAUAUAAUCAAACUAGCAUUGGGACGACUGAGCUUUCUCAUAGCUCUAUUGCCCCUGCUGGAGGCAAUUUUUCUGUAUCAGGUGCUGGAUAUCCACCUCCUCCUUUGAUGUCACCUUCAGUUUUUGGUAGGCCACCUUCCAUCCCUGUUAAUCUUUAUGGAAGCACUUCAGCUCAGUUGCAGGGUGAGAACCCACUUCUGCAGAAUCCUUCUAUACCUCAACCAGCCUUUCAGUUGCCUCUGCAGCAGCUUCAACGUCCUCUGCAACUACCUCAGCAACUUAGGCCACCAAUGCAAACUUCUCAGCAGUUGGAUCAAGGGGUAUCUUUGCAAACCCCUGUUCAGAUGCAAAUGCAUCCACUACAAAUUCUGCAACAACCUCAGGUUUCUGGACUUCAUUCUUAUCAUCAACCCCAACAGCAAGAGUUUUCAUCAGCACAGCAACAGUUGCAGUCUGAGCUUGCUAAACCAGCUCAAGCCCUACGUCAGCAAGGGAGUGGUGCACCACAGCAACAACAAGAUUCUGGAAUGUCAUUGCACGAGUACUUCCAGUCUCCAGAAGCUAUCCAGUCUUUGUUGGGUGAUCGAGAUAAACUUUGCCAGCUUUUGGAGCAACAUCCAAAAUUGAUGCAGAUGCUUCAGGACAAAUUGGGCCAGCUUUAGCAGCCAUUUAUGGAAUUUUAAGUAUGGUUUCUUAGAAGCAUGACUGGUCGUGGUUUGUCAGGCACAGCGGCAUGUCAAUUUCACAAAAUCACACAUGGUUACUUGAUUGUUUCUUUGCCAACUAAAUUUUGUAAUCUGUACUAUAUGCAUAUAUUGCUUCCCAAUUCUACCGGGUAGGCUAUUGAGCUGCCUCUCUUUAAGGAGAAGCAUGUGCUGCAUUCCUAUCUCCAGUUUCGCUCCUUUGUAUGUUUUAGGUUCAGGUGAUGGAGUACCCAGAUGAUUGCUGUGGUCUUCCAGUGCAACUAAAGUAACAGUUGCUGGAUUGCAGCUCUGCUACCGAAUUGUACAGUUAUUUGUGUAAUUUUGACUGAGUAUGUAAUAUUCAACGGAAGUUUUGGCGGUGCAAUACUUGAUAUUUUCUAGUAAUUUGUGUAGUUGUUGGGCCAGCAUAAUUGAUGGAUGUAGAUUAUGCCUGUUUUAAGUUAGAAAUGGUAAAAUAAUUAAUAAUGCUAAGU